AUGAUUCUGCAGCAGUUAAGGUCAAACUACUCGGCAUAUUCUAGGGUGAAGUGUGAGUCUGGAACUUAUGUCAGAACAAUCUGUGUUCACUUAGGACUACUUAUUGGAGUUGGAGGACAGAUGCAGGAACUGAGAAGAACUAGGUCAGGUAUCACUGACGAGCAUGAUCAACUCGUCACUAUGCACGAUAUUCUCGAUGCGCAGUAUGUACUUGAUCAUCAUAAGGACGAAACUUAUAUGAGACGCAUUGUCCGUCCAUUGGAAGCACUAUUUGUUGAACAUAAGCGAAUAAUUGUCAAAGAUUCUUCUUUUCUCCUUAUUCUUAUUCCUGCCUAUAUGUUAUCAAUGCCACAGGUCAAUGCCAUCUGCUAUGGCGCUAAAAUCCUACUGCCAGGUGUUUUACGCUAUGACGAUGGUAUCGAGGUUGAGCAUGAAAUUGUAGUGGUUACCACCAAGGGAGAAGCCAUUUGCGUCGGUGAUUACGACGUCAUUAGCUUAUUCAUGCGUAUGUAUGGUUUUCUAGCUAUCGCAGAGAUGACUACAUCGACGAUGGCUUCCACUGACCACGGA